GGGGCCAUGACGCGUGAGGCCUGCCGGGCCAACGGCUUCUUCGGUUCGACAUCGGGCGCAGCGCCGUCGUACUUGCAGGCAAACGUGAUUGUGCUGCCAUCAAAGUACGCGGACGACUUCCGUGCCCUCUGCGCACGCAACCCAGUGCCGUGCCCGCUCAUUGCCGAGUCGCGGACAACCGGCGACUUUGCGAGCCUCCGGUCGCUGCUCAGCGGCGUGGCCGACGAUGCCGUGGCCGGGUCGCUGGACCUGCGGACCGACUGCCCCAGCUACAACGUAUACCAGGACGGCCGGCUGGUGCUGCACGAGACGCCCGACAUCAGCGCGCAGUGGACCGACGACCACGUCGCCUUCCUCAUCGGCUGCAGCUACAGCUUCGAGUCGGCGCUGGUCCGCGCGGGCCUGCCGCCGCGCCACAUGCAGAUGGGCCGCAACGUGCCCAUGUACCGGACCAACAUCCCCCUCAACCCGGCCGGCGCUUUCAGCGGCGGCACCUACGUCGUCUCGAUGCGGCCCUACCGCGCUGCCGACAUCGACAAGAUCCGCACCAUCACCCGCCGCUACCUCCCGACGCACGGCGAGUGCAUCGCCUGGGGCUGGGACGCGGUUGCCCGCCUCGGCAUCGCCGACAUCAGCUCCCCGCAAUGGGGCGACGCCCCUUUGACCGUCGAUGGCCGGCCCCUGCGUGACGUUUUCCGCGACGAGGACAAUGUGCCCGUCUUUUGGGGUUGCGGAGUCACACCGCAGGAGGCCGUCAUGCGUGCGAACCUUUCCGGCACCAUCAUGUCGCACGCCCCAGGCCACAUGCUCGUCUUGGACUGCCUCGAGGACAAUGUCCUACCAUAGAAGGAAAUUUAAUGAAGGACAUGAGUCACGGCAGAUUGGAAUCAAUACCACUGGAGAAAAAAGAACGCUCGAUAUUGUAUAAUCCUCGUCUAUUCCUGCAAGGAAGCGAGUAAUGGUAGAGUGGGAACUUGUAAGACGUCUCAUGUUGCCUGUGCCAUACAAAACGCAAUACGUUGGCAGCCGAAGUGUAGCAACUAAAUAAUACAUACU